GACUGUUCCCGCCCCUCCUCCGGAUCAGAUGGAAGAUGGGCCCUGGCCCCGGGAGAACAUCCAGUUCUCCAUCAAGAAAGGGACUGCCAUCACGCAUGGCACCCUGGACCCGAUGGAGUUCCUGAACGGGGCUACUCCUUCACUGGAUAGGUCGACCCUCGGCCGGCAUGACGACGUUGCCCUGGACGCCAAACUUCUCCAGGCCUCGGUGACUGCCAGUGUAGCCCUCGAAGAACAUAUCCGAAGGGUGGAACAGUUGCGCCUUCAGAAGGCGGAGUCCGACGAGGCUUUGAGGAAGCUCGUUGUGACUAACACCGAGGCCAUCCGGAAGAUGGUGACCUUGGAGGAGACCCUCCGAAAGAUGGAGCAGAAGUUGGAGGAUGCCCGGAGGGAGGGUAAAGCUGAGGGUAAGGCGGAGGCAGAGGAGCUCGCCACCGCUGCUGCUAAGGCCGCUGCUGAUAUGGCCGAGGAGGCGAGGAAAGAG